UGAUCAGUCAGUGCGACCUGGCACACCCCAUCGGUUUAGCUUCCGCCUUGCCAGAAAUCCUCUGGCAAAUCUCCACGGUGCAACUCGCUAUGGCUGAAAGCGCGCUGCUGGCCAGGCCACCCGUCAAAAUCUCCUUAUGGAGAGCCCUCCCCCCAGUCCAUAUCUCCCGUUCUGCCUGCUCAUCUCCGCCUCGCACAUUGCCGUCCAGGAUUCCAAUCUCCGCGUCCGCAGCAAGUACUCGACAUGACUCUCCGCACUCGUCUCUCUUGAACCGGCCUGGAUUUUCACAGCCUGGAAGCACCCCGAGGGGCACCCGCUUCUCUCGAUUGUCACUCGUCGGUCGAGCACCUGAGCGGAGACGCGGCGAAUUCGUCGUUCCCCGCGCGUUUCCCCUCCCCCUUGAUCCCUGCCUUCCCGCGGAUCCCUUGUCGCCCGGCUUGUUGGGAUUCGCUGCUGACGCUCCGAGUCUAGCAGCAACCCUCUCUCAUCUGCUUUUCGUGGACCCCUGGUCGCCCAACGUCGACUCGCAGAGCAUCGCGUCGUCGCUCUUCGCCGUCUCGCUCUUCCCCUACCUCGGAUUUCUCUACUUCCUCACGCGGUCGGGGACAGCGCCGCGCAUCACGCUGUUCGGGUUCUACUUCCUGCUCGCAUUCGUCGGCGCCACCAUUCCUGCCGGAAUAUAUGCCAAAAUACACUACGGGACAUCGCUCUCAAAUGUGGACUAUCUGCACGGCAGCGCUGAGUCCCUGCUUACAGUCACAAACCUGCUUAUUGUGUUUGGCUUGCGCAAGGCGCUCAGAGAUGAGGAGGCAAGUGAAGGUGCAGUAGGCGAUUCUCUUACAUCAGUUUCUAGUGAGCGUGCGGUUGCGAAGGAGAACAGAGGGGCAACUGCUGACGAGGUAGAGUGACCCGUAUCUCUUCAUCAGUAUGUAGUUCCCCUUUUCCGUGUAGUGCACGUUUGUUUUAUUUAGUAAACCGGAGAAUGGAAGAAAGCAUUAUUCUUCUACCCGAUUAGUCUGUGGUCACGUUGAUGGCAUGGCACUCUUAACAACAGCUAAU